AUGACCGCAGCGGAAGAGGCUAACGAGGAUCACCACCAAGGUCACGGUCAGCAUUCAUUUGAGAUUACUCGGGACGACCUUUUCAAACCGUACAAGCCUUCUAGGUUUGAAAAAUACUUGUUCCCCUUCCUUGGGAGUCUAAUCGACAAACCUGUGACGUUGUUUAGAGAGCAAAUUAUUGAAAGGAUUCCAAGAAAGAAGUUUUAUUAUUACCACCAGCGCUUUGUUCGUGUUCCUGAAAUUGAUAGUUGCAGGGUUGGUGACAGAAUUUGUGUAGCCGAAGCUAACUCUCAAUUCCAUCGCGAUCGGCUUGUUGAUGCGAAUAUUGUGAGGAUUCUCCGCCAACGCGUUGAUGAUUGCAAGAGGUGGUACGACCGUGACUACGAAGACAUUGAACGCUUUUGCAAAUCCUAUAUCAAAGAUCAUGAGGAAGCUGCCACUAACUUUUUCAUUAAGUAUGGGGAACUCUACUACUGGAGUGACGUUCGUGACGCCUUCAUGAAACAGAAGCAUCGAAUGCUCUGGGAACGCGAUCAUGGUCCGAUAGGUCCUAAAUCCGAGUCCGCCUCAGGUGACAAAGAAGCGGAUAAUGCUGUGUCAGUUUUGCGACGCUUCCAUGCUAAUGUCAAUCUGCCAAAGGAGCUUCGACUCUAG